AUCUAAGAGCCCUCAUUUUUCAAAGUCUUCUCUACCGGAAGACCAUCCCACGUGGGAAGCCUUUCGCUCUUUCGAGCGGCGCCGGAAGCGCUGCACCCAGCACCUGGCUGACCAUGACUUCGUUUCUGAAUGGCGUCGACCCAGGUAGUGGUCCUCUGCCUGUUAUCCGGCGCCACACCUCGUCUGCCUCGCCGCACCCGAACCGCAGCUCCAUCCCCUUGACUCGGGACGAACUACGGCAGCAGUUGACGAACGCGGGAACGCCCCGCAACUCGUCCUUCUCAAACGACCGUGGAUCUUCUGGCAGUGCCGGAGGGGCGACAACCACCCCCAGCGCCGCUUCGCCGGCCGCGGCGGCGACAACGGCCACCAUCACGACGCAGCUGGCGGAGGCAGUCAGCCAGUUCUUGCAGUUAAAUUGGCUCACCGAGAAGGAGGUGUACAUUUUUAAGUGUUUGUUUUAUUCCGCGCUCGCUUGUCUGGUCCUCCUCCUAGUGCACAAGUGGUGGUUCCUGUGGCGGUACCGGAAGAUCCGUGCGAAGCGGCUGGCUUUCCGGACCUCGAAGGUUAACGUGGCGGAGAAGGUCUACCUGCCUCCGAUUUCCACCUGGGAGGGGUACUUCGUGCCGGCGGCCGCGGGGGGAAGCAGCGGGUCCUCCCGUGGAUCUUCUUCGGUCGCGAAAGCGCUGGCGAAGCGCGGACUGCGCUUCCGGAACGGGCAAAUGGGAAGAAAUGGAACCGGUAGUUUACUGCAGCACCAAAACCACGAGCAGUACAUGCUUGGGAAGGAGGAGCAGGCGCGGUUGCUGCGGACAACUGGAAAUAAAAUGGGAGAGUACAGAAGCUCCACACGUCAAAGCUAUAGCAAGCGGGCUUCAAGAACUUCCGAAAUAAAGCCUUCAGUUCGCACCUCGCGGAGGAGCUCCACGCGGAGCGAGUGUGGUCCUGUCAACAAUUACAACAGGCAAGAACCGACGGAACUACACUACGAGCCUCCGCUCCGGCGCGACUCCGUGCGGAGCGACGUCGUGCGGGGGCGCAGGUCCGCGCGUCGCGGGUCUUCCGCGAGUUGCCACGGUUCGGGUCAUCUGGGGGGAUCCACUGCGAAAAUGACCCGGAGCUACAGUUCCUCCUCUCGAGCGAAAAUGGCACUGUCGUACCGCGAGAACAAUGAUCAUUUUACAGAUGUUGAGCUUCACUACCACGACGGACCGCGACCGCAGAAGAAACGACUGUGCCUGAAGUACCACCCGACCGCCGGCAGCGAGCUGUUCAGUUUGUACUAUCAGCAGGGGGCGAAUGCGAACGAAUAUGCCGCCGCGGGUACAACUUCCGGCGAAUCGCAGAAGAGAAAUGAAUUUACGGGCACGGGUGUGGACGACGUGCACGGCAAAGUCAUGGUCACAGGCGUCUUUUGUCCGAAAACCCAAAGGAUCUUUUGGGAAGAAAAGUAUGUGGGCGCGACUUUGUGCGUGGAGUACCGCGGGGUUUUUAAGCCUAAAAGACACCUGUCCAGGCCGAAUGUGCUGUUGUGUGAUGAGGAUAAGAACAAGAAGCGAGCUACCUCAUCUAGACGCAGCUAUUACAACGCAGGAAGUGCUGAAAUGAACACUACGCAGCUCCCGCCGCCCGCGAUAUCGUCAAGUCGGAGCAAGAGAGGACCCAGGGCAUCAUCUGUUGGCGAAAUACAAAUUGGGUCGAGCGUUUGCAGCAGUUCGCCAAGAGCUACAGCGAGGAAAAAUGUCGGACAGGGAGAAGACGUCGAGGUGCUUGUAGUCCGGGACGAGGCGGAGGCCAAAAGUGUCGAAAAGGAUAUUUCCUCCGGCUCUGAAUUCCACGACGCGGAUUCCUCCUCGCCGGUUUUGGAAGGGAUAAACAAAGCGGCACCUGUGCCCGUGGUCCCACGUGUAAAAACGUUGAAGAAGCGGAAGAGCAGCGGGAAGUCGCAUCAGGCGAUGAACCUGCAGGACGCGGCAGCCGAAUGCACGGAAAACAUGCAUGGAGUCGUAGCUUCCGCGGGACCACGGUUUCAGGAAGACAUCGACAUGAAGAAGAGGCAAGCAGCGGAGCAAGUUUUUUCAGCAGCGGCUCGAUCGAGAGCGGAGCAAAGAACGCCUCGGGCGUCCGGGGAUGCGAGUUUGCGCUCGAACGACUGGUUAAUGUCGGGAGUCUACGCAGGAAACGAUGGAAGCUCUGGAAAGUUCGAGCUGCACUUCGUUGCGCAGCAUUCCGAAGCUAUGGUGGUGUGCUAGAGUGAGGCCGCGUGCUAGGAAUCAAUCUCCGGAGUGAUUUGAAAUUUUGGUUGUUGUGUCGGGUUUUCGAUAAACGCUUUCAAUGUGGAGCUGUCCUCUCGAUGGAUGUUGAAGUCUUCUGUUUAGUCAUCCGCAAUAUUGAAAGUGGCCUGAAGAUAUCCAGAGAUGAGUCUCUUUUAAGUAUGUUUUUCUCGUCGUGGCGUGAUAUUCCGUUGGUUUCAUAUUCACUCCGAAUGAAUCCUUUCUUGUGCUACAGUACUUAAAAGAAUUCGGACUGGAGUUGUAAUUGUCUGCCAAAUGCCAAGGCUUUUGUGAACGUACGACUAGGACCUGCGCUUGUAU